AUGCGCGCUGGGGCCGCGGUCUCGGGCCUCCCCGGCGCCUUCUCCGAGCACCUCGGGCCCCGGGCCGCGGGCGCCCCCCUUUCGGAGAAGAGAGGCCCUAGGCCCGGGGAAGAGCUCGGGACUCGGGGCGGGUCGGGGCCCCACCGGGGGGACGCGCGAAGCCCCCCGGAGCGCGCACCUAGAGGGGGAGCUGCGUGGGCGCCGCGCUCCAGCCCCGUAAGGCUGCCGCGAGGCGGAAAGGGCGCGUUCUCGGCGCAGCCUCCGCGGGGAACACGGGCUCCAAGCUCGUGUGGGUCGUGUGGAGGUGGGAGAACCCGGGAACGGGCCCGGCCCGGGGCGCCCUCCGGCCUGGGCAGCAGCGGGCGGCAGCGGUGCCCCGGGAGGAGGGAGCCGGGACCGCGCGCACCGGGGAAGGACGGCGUCAGGCGGGGCCCUUCCCUCGGCCGCGGGGUGGGCGCCUGCACGGCCGCCGGGCACACAGCUGGGGCGUCCCCGCGGAGACGGCCCGAAGGUUUGUCCUGGCCUGUGUGCUCGCCGCCAGCGUCAACUUCUGCCUUGCAUAUGCUGUGGAAUUUAAUCGGAAAGCCCAUUUUGAGCAAUCACACUUCAACGGCUGCAUCUUGAUGAUCGCACCAUUAGGAUCUAUUGAAGAGUAAAUCUUGGGAAUCAGGGAGAGAGUGCAAUACUGAAAUCAUUUUUUUUGGUGAAGUUUAUAAUGAUUUCUUCAUGUCACUCAAAUACUUUCUUUUCAGAUUUUCAGAUAAAGGAAUCUAAUGCUACAAAAUCAGAAAUUUUGUAAACUUAUUACAGAUUGUACGUUUCAGACCAAAUGGGUGUAUAUUUAAUUGUAUAAUUAACAUAUGGAUAUGAGAAGAGGUCUUUUUCCUGUAAAUUGAACUCAUUGCAGUGAAAUAUCAUUAUAAUUUUUCUGUACUUUCCCUUGUAAAUAUUUUAUUACCCUGUCUUCCUAAGCAGCUAUACCAAUUUUAAAAAUUGGUGGGUGUCUUCUAAAUUCUUUUGAGAUCUAAAAACUAUAUCCACAAAAAAUAAUUCAUGAAGGAGUUUUUUUUUUAAAUUACAUAAAUCUGAUUCAUCCAACCAGCUCAGCUUCUUUCUUUUAAAAAUGUGUUGCAAACGAAAAUGAACAAUUCAAAAAAGUGGAUAUGGAAGCUAAGGAAAGGUGUCAUAUUUCUUUUAUGUAGAAAAUCAAGCUUCAAAAAAAUCAAGGUGAUAUCAGUUAAGUUAGAUAAAAGGAAAAAUAAUUUAUUUAAUAAUUUGUUAUUUGCCCAAAGUAUUCCUACUUAUGAGGAAUAGUAUUUAUCUCUGCCCUAAGCAAUCUUAGUUUCAGUCAAAAAACUUAUGGCUAUGCAUUCCAUUUAUGACAAAUUUAAGUUCCAGUUCAUUUUUGAGUUCAAGUAGCAAAAUACAAAACUGGAAUUCUGAUAUUUUAAAAUAAUCAAAUGUGACAUGCAUAUCUGAUAUUUUAUCAGUCCAAAAUUUAAAUAAGACUAUAAUUUUUUAUUACUCAAGGUAAUUUUUAUAAAAUUAUCCAUUCUCUUUAAAUUCAGGAAGUUAAGGCUUGCACCAACUUUUCCAUUUCUGUUUUAUUCAGAAAUUCAUGGAUAAAGCCAACAUGUUCCACAAAUCCAUUCUGGUUUCCCAUAACCCAAUCAGCCAGACAUCCAGUUCUCAUCUUUUGUAGUUCAUCUCCUGCAGUCUCAGUCUCAGGCCCAGUUUCCUUCAUGUUUCUGCUAUUGACUUGUCCAACAGCCAUGAUUCUUUUACUUAUAUUGGAACUGACCUUUCCACUAUGACCUUAGCACUGGGAAAUUGACCUUCAUUUGCUAUUAUUCCCAAAGCGGGGAAUAGGUACUAUAAUAGCUACUUAAAAUAAUUACUUCAACAACUACAUAACAAAUGCACCCCAAGGAUCCUUUACCUGUCUUCCUGGCCAGCUUCAUUCAUGGCUCCACAUGGCAGGGACCAACUCAAGGAUCACCCAUCAGGGAACACCAGGGAAUUCUCUGGCUCCAGAGCCAGUUGGAAAUUUGGCUCUUUAGAUGCAGCGUUUUCUUUAUCUUUCCCGAGAUUAGUGGGCAUAACAAAGAGUGUCCAACAAGGUGGACCCUCUCAGUAAAAAUGGAGAGAAGUUUUAAGGAAGAGCCAAAGUCUUCACCUUUAAAAGCUGAAUUGAUUUUUUAACUUAUAAAAUAAAGAUUUUUUCCAGCUUCAGAAAAGAUUAAUAAUUCACAUCUACAGAGUCAUUUACAUUUUAUUUGGGUAAUUAUCAUCAUGUAGGAGCCGAUAUAAAGCUAAUGAUACAAAGGCUCAUUAACAAUUAAAAGAACGUUACACUGGAAGACUCUUCUACAAUGUCUUUGACUUUAUCCUUAUUGAAGGUGAUGUUGACUGUGUUACAAGCUCUUUGAAGACUCUGGGCAGGUAUAGCACUUAAUUUUAAUCUCAGUGCUUAGUAUGGUGACAGGCGUUGUGCUCACCACAAUUCUCAUCAACCCCUUCUUCUAAAGGUGUUGUUCUUUCUGACACAGUACACGUUCUCACUGUAAACUUUCAGUUCUUGCUCCUGAUCUACUAUCUGUUUUCUCUUUCUUGAACAUUUCUUAUAUAAAAGUGUGCCAAAUGUUCCAUAGUCAUGUGUACAAAGUUUGAAUGGUGUCCCCUGCAAAAAGUAUAUCCAAGUCCUAACACCUGGUAACUCUGUAUGUGAUGUUAUUUGGAAAUUGGGUCACUGCAGAUGUAAUCAAGUAAAGGAUCUUGAAGCAAGAUAUUCCUGAUGUUAGGCUGGGCCCUAAAAUAAUGACUGAUAUUCUUAUAAGAGAAAGGAAAGGAAUAUUGGGGAAAUACAGAUACAGAGGGAAAGGCCACUGAAGAUGGAGGCAGGGAUUGGAGUUAUGAAGCUACAAAACAAGGAACAGAAAGGAUUGCUGGCAGCACCCAGAUGCCAGGAGCUCGGGAUGGAACUGACCCCCCUCAGUGGCCCCAGAUGGAACCAAUCCUGCCAACACCUUGAUUUCAGACCCCUGGACUCCAGAACUCUGAGAAAAUAAUUUUUUGUUGUUUUAGUCAACAAAGUUUUGGUAAUUUACAGCAGCCCCAGGAAAUAACUACAUCUUCCCUUUUCUCUUUUCAAUCUACACUGACUGUCUUGAUAUUUUCUUCCACUUUCAUCUCUCUGUAGUAAUAACCAUAUGUACAUCUCUCCAUCUGAGCCCACCCGAGCACUACAUUCCCACAUACUCAACUUGCAAGUACAAAUCAUUUGGUUUCUCCCCAAUAAAUCUAUAGGAAAAUAUCUAUUCCUAUUAUGGUGUCUGGGUGAAAAUAUUACACAUAUUCUGUACUAAAACAUUAAAAUUCUGAAUUAUUAUUCUUAAACAUAAUAUCAAAUUGGCCAUCAUGCCCUGCCAUGUCUGUCCCCUAAAAGUUUUAAAUUGCCAGUCCUAUUUAUUCUCACAAAUAGAAUGACUGUUUUCAUUUCCACUUAUACCUGCUUGGGUUUAAAUUAAUUUUCAGAUAUUAAAAUUUACUUCAAGUCUCUUGUAACAAAAAAUGUGGUAUUUGCACCAAUGUUAAAAAUACAACAAUGGAAUAAAGUAGUACUUUUAGAAAGAAACACAAAUACAUGCAGGAAUUUUGUAUUUGAAGAAAAAGCUAAUUAAAUUCAGGGGAAAAAUAAUAGUCUUUUUAAUGUCACAUAUUGGCAUAAUCGGCUACACAUGUAUAUCAUAAAGUACACAAUUUAAUUUCAAAUAUGUAAACAAUACAUGUUAAAUGAUUCAAAAUAUUAGAAGAAAAAGUAGACAAACGUGCAAACGUUUGGUGGACAUCUUCCUCAGCAAGAGAGUAAAUUCAGAAAGAAAUCAAUUUUUGGGAAAAAGAUAUCAGAAUAUCAGAAUACCAAGGAUAGAAGGAAACUUCCUUAAGUAAUGGAAGGUUCCUAUCAGCAGCUGUAAGCUACAAACAGCAUCGUAACUGUGGAAAAAUUUGAGGUAGGAACAGGACAGGGAAGUUUUAUAUUAUCUUUUUAACCUGAAAGGCUAAUGUGUGAUUCAUAAUAAGGGAUAAUAUAUAUUAUGGGUGGAAAGGAAUAGGAAAAAAAGCAUGUUAAAAUAUAAUUCCAUUAUUUUCUAUUGUCUGUUGUUCUUGGUGAGAUGCUAGAUGACAAUCCAGUUGUCUAUUAAAUUAACUUUAUCAUUUUGUACCUUGGCAGGUUUAAUGUUUUUCUUUCUCUAUGGCUUCUAUUUGACUAACUAGUGUCCGGUUUGGAUUUACUUGUAUUUGUCCUAUCUUGGAUUACACUAGCAAUUUGGACUUAUGAUUUUGUUCAAGUCUAGAAAACUCCAUAUUAUAUCUAGUAAUCAUUUUUCUCAGCUCUUCAAUUUUUUUCUCUUCUCCUGGCAUUCCUAUUGAUUAUUUAUUAUAGCAUAUCAAUCUAGCCAACAUGUCUCUUUACAAAUCUUAUAAUUUAAAAAAUCUAUUUGUCUUUUUAAGAUGUAUUCAGGAUAAAUUUAUCACUGCAACUUCCUAAUGUACUUAUAAUCACUUCUACAUAACAUACUUUGACUUUUGUUCCUUUCCUGUUUUACUUUCCUUCACACUCUCUCCCUGCCUCCCUGGCAUCACCUCCUAAUUAAACUCCCUGUAGUUGAGUCCUUUUAUCAGGCUCUCCUUUCCUAGAAAUCCAAACUAAAUGAAUACCUUUCACACAGCUUUUCAGUCCAGCCCUUAAUUUUUUUUCCAGGUCAAUUUAUAAGAGUUCUUUAUAUUUUGGUUUAUGAUAUAAAUUGAAAUUUUCCUCCAUUUUUAAUUUUUUUCAUUUUUAUUUCAGAUGUGGUGUUUUACUUUUUUAAAAAAGUCUUACCAUGCAAAUGUUUUAUUUUAAUGUUGUCAGAUGUAUUCACUUAAUGCCUCUAAAUUUGAGUAAAGUUGGGAUUUUUUUCCACACUCCCAGGUUAUUAAAGCAUAUAUUAAUGUGUUCAGAUAGAAGUCACUUUGUCUCUUUUCCUUCUUGUUUUAAAGUUAGUUCUCUGUUUCUAUUGAAAUUUAUCCUGCUAUAUGGUUCAUGGAAUAAUUCCAAUUUGCAUUUCUCCAAAUGCUUAUCCAUUUGUCCCCACAAUAGCUUUCAUAAAGGCUACUUUUUCUCCAUGAUAUGUAAUACCACAUUUUUCAUAUUCUAUAUUUUUUGUACACAGUAUAUUUCUGAAUUUUAAUUCUGUUCCACUUAUUUGUUUAUGAAUGUGACUUUACCAUACUUUUCUUUUUAUUUUAGAGACCUUAUAAUAAAUGUUCAUAUUUGUUAAAAUUGACCCUUCACCAGUGUUGCUAUUUUAUUUUUUCAGGCAUUAAUAAUUCUUG